AUGGAAGAAGCAAUGAGACGUCUAAAUGGUUACACAUACUCAUCGGAAGCCGACAACAAACUUGAUCUACCAUUACCCUUUUUUACAACUGCAAAAACAACCACGGAAAUCCAAACCCAAACCCCAAAAAAAACAAACAACAAAAGAACCUUAAAAGGUACUACUGGUAAUGGUAAUGGUAGUGGAGGUGUUACACCUGCUGGUUGUCGAUAUAGAGGUGUUCGGCGUCGACCGUGGGGACGUUAUGCAGCUGAAAUACGUGACCCACAAUCAAAAGAACGACGUUGGCUAGGUACAUUUGAUACUGCUGAAGAAGCUGCAUGUGCUUAUGAUUAUGCUGCUAGAGUUAUGCGUGGUUCUAAAGCUAGAACUAACUUUGUUUACCCAGCUAAUUCACCUCCUUCAUCCCCUCUUUCCCAUCAUCAUCACCACCAUAGUCUUCCUCCGUUACAGUUUUUAUCCUCAAAACAAUCUUCACCAUUUCCUGUUCAUCACCAUAAAUCAUCCUAUCCAACUUUCUCUGAAUGGACUAGUAGCAAACCUUCCCUGCGUGUCAUUAAUGGUUAUGCCGUGAAUCUUAAAGAGAGUAGUGCUUGUGAUAACUCAAACUCACCAUCAUCUGUGCAGUUGAAUACUUGUUUUCUCGAUUUUCUUGGUUCAACCUCUACUGCUCCUACUCCUCCUACUCAUGAAUAUCAUCCAAUUCCAUACUUCAAGAGCAGCACUUGUGCUGGAUAUAACUUUCUUCCAAACCCUAGUUCUGCUUCAACAGCAUGUGCUGAUGACUUUAAGGGUUCUUCUGUGAAUCUUACAGUGGAUAACUAUGAAAGUUAUACUGAACAGUCUGAACCAGCAAGUCCAGUUAAUGGUUUGGAUUUCUUCCAAACUGAAUCAUCUGAUUCUGGUUUAUUGGAAGAAAUAAUCCAUGGGUACUUUCCGAAAUCUAUUUCUACUCCCACUAUUUCUGCUGCUAGGUUUAACUCUCCGUCCUCUUCCUCCUCACCUCCAUUAAAAACUUUUAAACAAACUACUGAUGAUUUUGAACGUGAAGUGAAUAAUAUGGAGACUGAAAUGUCAUAUGCUCAUCAUCAUGUACCAUCAUCAACUUUAAAUGAGAUGAUGAGAUCAAUGGAUAAUGAGGAUUUCAAUUAUCGUCGUCAACAACUACAACAGCAGAAGUAUCAAGGGGUUGGUUUAUAUUCUCAUCAAAACAUUGAGCGGAAGUUUGAAGUUCCAUUGCAUAAUGGUUGUCCUGCAGUUGGUCCUUAUGGCGAGGAACUAAUGUUUGAAAAUAUGAUUCAGUACCCUGAAUUGCUUGACAUGUUUGCUGCCAAGUUGCAGAAUGCUUGA